AUUGGGGUUCGAGCUCGGUCACGAGCGUUUCCCCCUUUUCGUUUUGUGAAAUAUUUUUAUUCUGAGGGCAUUAAAAAAAGAAGAAGAAAGUAUUGUACUUAUAGUAUAUAAUAAUUGGUUGAUAUUUGGGGGCGAGUGAUGUGCGUAGUGAGGGAGAUGCAGUAGAAUAGUAAUAGUGGUAACAAAAGGCAACAGAGAACAGAAGAGAAAGGAAAAGAGAGGGUUUGGUGAGUUACCCAAGAGAAAGGAUGAAGAGAGAGCGCCAGCAGCUUGGUUCCAACGCAGGAACCUCAAGCUGCGGUUAUUCAAGCGGAAAAUCGAAUCUUUGGGAGGAAGAAGGAGGCAUGGACGAGCUUCUUGCAGUGGUGGGUUACAAGGUGAGGUCAUCGGACAUGGCGGAAGUGGCGCAGAAGCUGGAGCGUCUUGAGGAAGCCAUGGGAAAUGUCCAAGAUGACCUCACGGACCUUUCAAACGACGCCGUUCAUUACAACCCUUCCGACAUCUCCAACUGGCUCCAAACCAUGCUUUCCAAUUUUGACCCCCUCCCCUCCGAGGAGCCCGAGAAGGACUCCGCCUCGUCGGACUACGAUCUCAAGGCUAUUCCGGGGAAAGCAAUCUAUGGAGGUGGUAGUGACGCGCUACCAAACCCUAAGCGCGUGAGAACCGACGAGUCAACGCGCGCGGUGGUGGUCGUUGACUUGCAGGAGAACGGGAUCCGCCUCGUGCACAGCCUCAUGGCGUGCGCGGAGGCGGUAGAGAACAACAACCUCGCCGUGGCGGAGGCGCUGGUGAAACAGAUCGGCUUCCUCGCCUUGUCACAGGUCGGAGCUAUGAGGAAAGUCGCAACCUACUUCGCCGAAGCGCUCGCGAGGCGAAUCUACAGAGUCUUCCCUCAGCAGCACUCCCUCUCGGAUUCUCUACAGAUUCACUUCUACGAAACUUGUCCUUACCUUAAGUUCGCGCACUUCACCGCAAACCAGGCGAUUCUCGAAGCGUUUCAAGGGAAAAAUCGCGUCCACGUGAUUGAUUUCGGAAUCAACCAGGGGAUGCAGUGGCCGGCACUGAUGCAAGCCCUUGCGCUUCGCAACGACGGCCCUCCGGUUUUCCGGCUAACCGGAAUCGGACCGCCGGCGGCGGACAACUCCGACCACCUCCAGGAGGUAGGGUGGAAGCUCGCGCAGCUGGCGGAGAGGAUCCACGUGCAGUUCGAGUACCGCGGCUUCGUCGCAAACAGCCUCGCCGAUCUCGACGCCUCCAUGCUGGAUCUCCGAGAAGACGAGUCCGUGGCGGUGAACUCCGUCUUCGAGUUUCACAAGCUCCUCGCCCGCCCCGGCGCGGUGGAGAAAGUCCUCUCCGUCGUUCGGCAGAUUCGGCCGGAGAUCCUCACCGUCGUCGAGCAAGAAGCGAACCACAACGGACUGAGUUUUGUCGACCGGUUCACCGAGUCACUGCACUAUUAUUCAACCCUAUUCGACUCGCUGGAGGGUUCGCCUGUGAACCCGAACGACAAGGCCAUGUCGGAGGUUUACUUAGGGAAGCAAAUCUGCAACGUGGUGGCGUGCGAGGGAAUGGACCGCGUGGAAAGGCACGAGACGCUGAACCAGUGGCGGAACCGGUUCGGUUCGACCGGGUUUUCUCCGGUUCACUUGGGUUCGAACGCGUACAAGCAGGCCAGCAUGUUGCUAUCGCUUUUCGGGGGUGGGGAUGGGUAUAGAGUGGAAGAGAACAAUGGGUGUCUCAUGUUGGGAUGGCACACUAGGCCCUUGAUUGCCACCUCCGUGUGGCAACUCGCUACAAAAUCGGUGGUUGCUGCUCACUGAGUCGACUCGCCGAUUCCUCAGCCAGCUUUUUCUUUUUAUUUUUUGUUUUAAAUUAAUUUCUAAUCAUGCCCACCGAAAAAAAGGAAAAAAAAAAAAAAAGAAGGGGAACUUGAGGGGGGAUUGAGAGGUCAGUGUGUAAUUGUGCUAUGCUGAGCUGUGAGCACUGAUUGCAUGAGCCUGAGACCCACCAUUGUCUAUUUUCCUGCCCCAACUUAUGUCUCUCUCCAACCCUUAAUUUACUUAUUUUGCAUUUGCCGCAUUUGUAAACCUUGAUUUUAUUUUACUUGGCUUUCUUUUGGGAUGGGUUGGGUGGAAAUCUCUUGUAAUUUUUCAGGGUUGGGAAAUCAAAAAGCUUAAUGUGUAUUUAUUUAUUAUGGUUUAAUUAAUAUAUUAGUUGUAUUAUGUAGCUUGCUGGUGAUAUAAUAAAUUAGAAUAUAUUUUUAGUGUUUC